CUUUGCUCUCUCUAGCAUUAUUCCUCUUAUCUUGUUUGUGAAAUAUAUGGAGCUGAAGAGCUGCCUAGCGGAAGAACUGGCCAGGGCUGAAACAGUGCCAGCCGGGUUCAAAAUCAAGAAGGGGAGCGUAAUUCCUGCUAAGAGAAGGUUAGUGAAGAAAAUGAUGCUUGAUUCCUUUCUCAAAUCCAUUUCUUCUGUUCUGAGCAUAAUUGUUCAUCCUUGUGGCUCCUCCAAAGAUUUGCCCUCGCCUGAGAAUGGUUGUUUCCAAGUCGAACGGUGUCAAAAGUUAUGAAGCCGGCUAGCAUAUAUAUGAAGAUCUUUCUCCUUCCAAGAUCAUCAUAUCAUAUCAAUGGCAUAAUGAGUCACUCAUGACCAACACCAUCAUUAACCGUGUGUUAUGCACGCCUCAUGUAUACAUGUAAUCAUCAUCAUCCUUAUGUAACUGUGAAAAUGUAUGAUGCAAUUAAUAAGGUUGGGACAUAGAGGAGGUGUCAUGGCCACCUUCUUUCCCUUUUGUGGCUGGAAAAAGUUCAGAGGGAAAAAGGUGUACAUAAAUUGAGAUCGAAGAAAAUUAAGAUGUCUUA